CUUGCGCGACAUCAUUUCCUCUAUUCUCACCAUCCUUGACACGAAACACUGCACUGCACUGCACUGCGCCUCUAGAGCCGAAGUGUCCAUGUCUUUGUGGCUGGCCGCUUUCGAAAGGAGACACUUUUCGGUACUCAAGCAGGAGGAUCAUCUUCACUCUCGAGCCCUUCACCUCAAACAUCGUCUAGAGCACGAGCGCACACCCGACGGUCUCAUCCUACCGCUCAUCUCCACCUACGCCAUUUGGCAGAGCGCCAUUCUGAUCAUCGGACUCGUCGCUUGCGCUACGCUCAUCAUGAGCUGCGUUAGGGAUGACCUGUUCCACAGCCCUCGUUGAGACCAAACGAAGCUUCGGACGAGCACGAAGCGGUCCGAUUUCCACCUCUUCGCAGCGCCCCGGAUCGAUCCAUCCACUCGAGAGCCAUACUGCUCAUCUCCACGCUUCG